CCAGGGAAACCACUGCAGCUGGAGGCCGCGCGAUGCCGAGCGCCGAGGAGCGGGCCGCGCUGGCUGAGCAGAACGCGGCCGAGGAUCCCGGCGCGGACCCGCGACUGCGACUCCUGGGGGCCUGCGUGGCCCAGAGCCUGCGGCCGGCUGCGGGCGCGUGGGAGCGCUGCGCGGGCACGGCCGAGGCGGAGCAGCUGCUCCACGCCUUCCUGGGCCACGAUGCUGCGGAGGGGCCGCGGCCGCUGCUGGUGGUGCGGCCCGGGCCCGGGGGCCUGGCGGUGCGGCCGGGGCUGGACGCGGGACCCGAGUCCGGCCCGCCUCGUGCUAAGGGGCUCUUUUUCCUGCGCACCAGGCCCGAGCCGCCGGGCCCCAACAGCCUCCGGGGCGCAGUGCUCUGCGGGGACGUGCCCGCGGCGCCUCUGGAGCACCUGGCCGCGCUGUUCUCCGAGGUCGUUAUCCCCGUCUUGGCCAAUCAGAAGAAUCACCUAGACUGGCCCCAUGUUGUUUGUCAAGAUGUCCAACGGCACGCCCACAGCCUCCAGUGCGACCUCCUGGUUAUCCUCGAGCAGGUGAAGGGGAAAACUUUGUUGCCUCUUCCAGUAGGCUCAGAGAAAAUGGAGCUUGUGGAUUCUGAAAAGGAGACCAUCUUGGAUUCCACGGAUAAGUCAGUCAUCUACGCCCUUGAGUCUGCAGUGAUCCAGUGGAGCCACCGAGUCCAGGUGGUGCUCAAGAGGGAGUCUUCCCAGCCACUCCUCCAAGGGGAGAACCCCACUCCUAAGGUGGAACUGGAGUUCUGGAAGAGCAGGUCUGAGGAUCUGGAGUACAUUUAUAAUCAGCUGAGAACGAUGCAGGUGAGGGGUGUGGCUGGGCUCCUGGACAAGCUUCAGAGCAGCUACUUCCCAGCUUUCCAAGCCAUGUUCAGAGAUGUUGUAUCAGCUCUGACAGAGGCGCAGGACAUCCACACACACCUGAUGCCGCUCCACCGCCACCUGGAGGCCCUCGAGAGCGUGGAGUUCCCAGAGGUGAAGCCGCGGCUGCAGCCGCUGCUCCACGUGCUCUGUCUGAUUUGGGCCACGUGCAAGUCCUACCGCUCCCCAGGGCGGCUCACUGUGCUGCUCCAGGAGAUCUGCAACCUUCUCAUCCAGCAGGCCUCUAAUUACCUCAGCCCAGAAGACCUCCUGAGAAGUGAGGUAGAAGAAAGUCCGAGAAAACUGCAAGUGGUCAUGGACACCUUGAACACCUUCAAGCAGAUGUUUCAGGACAGAAGGGAGAAUCUUCAUACUUACUUCAAAGAGAACCAGGAGGUCAGAGAGUGGGAUUUCCAGUCUUCUUUGGUCUUUGUGCGAUUGGAUGGCUUCCUGGGGCGAUUGCACAUGGUGGAGGAUCUUCUGAAGACAACUUUGGAUUUCCACAAGCUGGGAAAGCUUGAGUUUAGUGGCAUCAGAGGGAAUGCCCUGAGUCAACAGGCCCAGCAAAUGUACCACGAGUUUCAAGAGAUGUACAGAGUCUUCCUGGAGUCUUCCUGUGACUGCUUGGACCCCCAAAUCACGGAAUUUGAAAAUGAUGUCUCUGAAUUUAACCAGAAAGUAGGAGAUCUUGACCGAAGACUGGGGACUGUCUUUAUUCAAGCCUUUGAUGAUGCGCCUGGUUUGGAGCAUGCCUUUAAGUUGCUAGACGUAGCAGGAAACCUCCUUGAAAGACCACUGGUAGCGCAAGAUGCAUCUGAUAAAUACCUGGUGCUCAUCCAAAUGUUCAACCAAGAUCUGGAUACAGUGAGGAUAAUCUAUAGUCAGCGUGUCCAAGAGGAGGCAGAGCUUGGCUUCUCCUCGGUGCACAAGAACAUGCCAGCUGUGGCCGGGGGUCUCCGCUGGGCGCAGGAGCUGAGGCAGCGCAUCCAGGGUCCCUUCGACAACUUCAGACGCAUGACACAUCCUUGCAUGGAGUCUGCCGAAGGAAGGCGAAUGAUACAAAAAUAUGAAGAUACGCUCUCGUUGCUGGAAAAAUAUGAGACAAGACUCUAUGAGAACUGGUGCCAGACAGUAUCAGAGAAGUCACAGUACAAUCUUUCCCGGCCACUUCUGAAACGUGACCCAGAGACGAAGCAGAUCACCGUCAACUUUAACCCACAGCUGAUUUCAGUGCUGAAAGAAAUGAGUUAUCUUGAACCCAGGCAGAUGAAGCACAUUCCUGAGACAGCAGCAGCUAUGUUCUCCUCCAGGGAAUUCUAUCGGCAGCUUGUGGCUAAUUUGGAGUUGAUGGCAAAUUGGUACAACAAGGUUAUGAAAACUCUGCUAGAGGUGGAAUUUCCGUUAGUGGAGGAAGAGCUGCACAAUAUUGAUCUCUGCCUGAGAGCCGCAGAGGAGACUCUGAACUGGAAGACAGAAGGCAUUUGGGAUUAUGUCAUUCAAAUCACCAAUAGUAUUCAUGAUCUUGAACAAAGAAUUCAAAAAACUAAAGACAAUGUGGAAGAGAUCCAAAGCAUCAUGAAAACAUGGGUGUCUCCAAUAUUUAAGAGAAAAGAUGGGAAAAAGGAAUGCCUUCUUUCUAUGGAUGAUCAGCGUGAUCGAGUGGAAAAGUAUUACAACCUCAUCAAAGAAUCUGGCCUUAAGAUUCAUGCCCUUGUUCAGGAAAACCUGGGUCUUUUUUCAGCAGACCCAACCUCCAAUAUCUGGAAGACUUAUGUUAGCUACAUUGAUGACAUGUUGCUGGAUGGAUUUUUUCUUGCCAUUGAGUGCUCCCUCAAGUACCUUCUGGAAAAUACUGAAUGUAAGGCAGGACUCACCCCGAUAUUUGAAGUACAACUGAGCUUAGCAAUCCCAGAAUUAGUUUUCUAUCCAUCUCUGGAGUCUGGAGUGAAGGGUGGCUUCUAUGACAUUGUUGAGGGUCUUGUCACCAGCAUUUUUAGAAUUUCAUCUUUGGUGCCAAAGCUUUCCCCACAAAGCGGCUCUCCCCACUAUCAGGUUGACAUGGAGAGCAUGGCGGAUCUGGCAAGCAUGCGGAGCGUGCUCAUGGGGAGGGUCCAGAGCAUGAUGGCCCUGUGCUGCUGCUAUCGGAACACCUUCAGCCACUAUUCCUACCUCUACGUAGAGGACCGGAAGGAGAUUCUCGGUCAGUUUCUGUUGUACGGGCAUGUCCUCACACCUGAGGAGAUUGAAGCCCACGCAGAAGACGGCAUCCCAGAGAACCCUCCCUGCCUCCAUCAGUUUAAAGUGCAGAUUGACUCCUAUGAAAAGCUGUACGAAGAGGUGUGCAGGCUGGAGCCCGUCAAGGUGUUUGACAACUGGAUGAAGAUUGACGUGCGACCCUUUAAAGCAUCUCUGCUGAAUAUAAUUAAGAAGUGGAGCCUCAUGUUCAAACAGCAUCUUGUUGACUAUGUCACUAACAGCUUGGAGGACCUUGAAGUAUUUAUAAAAAAUAGUGAGAGUGGCUUGCUCAAGAAAGUGGAAAAAGGAGAUUUCAAAGGACUGGUCGAAGUCAUGGGACACCUCGUGGCUCUUAAGGAACGGCAGAGCAGCACCGAUGAGAUGUUUGAGCCCUUAAAGCAAACUAUUGAGUUGCUGAAGACCUAUGAACAAGAAUUGCCAGAAACAGUGUUUAAGCAGCUCGAGGAGCUGCCUGAGAAAUGGAACAACAUAAAAAAGACAGCCAUUACUGUGAGGCAACAGGUGGCCCCACUGCAGGCAGAUGAAUUGACACUCCUCCGCCACCGGUGCACAGCCUUCGAUGUCGAACAGCAGCAGUUCUGGGAGCAAUUCCACAGAGAAGCUCCCUUCAGAGAUGGAAGGUGGUACUAUUCGCUGUUCACUGAGAUGGAGGCCACCGAAUGGGAAGAACUGAAAGAUCACAAGGUCAAGUUGGACAUGUUCAAGUGCAGGUUUGAUAGCACGAACCCUCAUCAAAUGCUGGAUGCCAGGCACAUUGAGAUCCAGCAGAUGGAAUCUACCAUGGCCUCCAUUUCUGAGUCCGCUGGUUUGUUUGAGGUCAACGUUCCAGACUACAAGCAGCUGAGGCAGUGCAGGAAGGAGGUGUGCCAACUGAAGGAGCUCUGGGACACAAUUGGGAUGGUGACCUCCAGUAUCCAUGCCUGGGAGGCCACUGUGUGGAGAGAUAUCAAUGUGGAGGCCAUGGACUUGGAAUGCAAACGGUUUGCCAGGCACAUCCGGAACCUCGACAAGGAGGUCAGGGCCUGGGAUGCGUUCACAGGCCUGGAAAGCACUGUGUUGAACACUCUGACCUCCCUGAGGGCAGUGUCUGAGCUGCAGAAUCCGGCCAUCCGAGAGCGGCACUGGAGGCAGCUGAUGCAGGCCACAGGCGUGAGCUUCACUAUGGAUGAGGGCACCACCCUGGCACAGCUCCUGCAGCUCCAGCUGCACCACUUUGAGGAUGAGGUCCGGGGUAUUGUGGACAAAGCUGUGAAAGAGAUGGGUAUGGAGAAGGUCUUAAAGGAGCUGCAGACCACCUGGGCCAGCAUGGAAUUCCAGUAUGAGCCCCACCAGCGGACCAAUGUCCCCCUGCUGCGGUCAGACGAGGACCUCAUUGAGGUUCUGGAGGAUAACCAAGUCCAGCUUCAGAACCUCAUGAUGUCCAAGUACAUCGCUUUCUUCCUAGAGGAAGUGUCGGGCUGGCAGAAGAAACUGUCCACAGCUGACGCCGUCAUCUCUAUCUGGUUUGACGUGCAGCGCACAUGGUCUCAUCUGGAAAGUAUAUUCAUUGGAUCUGAAGAUAUCCGGGCUCAGCUGCCCCAGGAUUCUAAAAGAUUUGAAGGCAUUGACCUUGACUUUAAAGAGCUGACUUACAAUGCUCAGAAAACUCCAAAUGUAGUGGAAGCCACCAACAAACCAGGUCUUUAUGAGAAACUGGAAGAUAUUCAGAGCAGGUUGUACCUGUGUGAGAAGGCCUUGGCGGAGUACCUGGAUACCAAAAGGCUUGCCUUCCCUAGGUUUUACUUUCUCUCUUCUUCUGAUCUAUUAGACAUCCUUUCUAACGGCACAGCUCCACAACAGGUUCAACGUCAUCUUUCCAAACUCUUUGACAAUAUGGCCAAGAUGCAAUUCCAGCUAGACACCAGUGAGAAACCAACCAAGAUAAGUCUUGGCAUGUACAGCAAAGAAGAAGAAUAUGUGGCCUUCAGUGAGCCCUGUGACUGCAGUGGGCAGGUAGAAAUAUGGCUGAACCGCGUGCUUGCUCACAUGAAGGCCACUGUGAGGCAUGAGAUGACAGAAGGUGUCACUGCCUAUGAAGAAAAGCCAAGGGAGCAGUGGCUCUUUGACUAUCCAGCUCAGGUGGCCCUGACCUGCACUCAGAUCUGGUGGACCACAGAGGUGGGCAUUGCAUUUGCCAGACUGGAGGAAGGCUAUGAGAAUGCCCUGAAGGAUUAUUACAAGAAGCAAGUGGCCCAGCUCAGGACCCUCAUCACCAUGCUGAUUGGCCAGCUCUCCAAGGGGGAUCGGCAGAAGAUCAUGACCAUAUGCACCAUUGAUGUGCAUGCCCGGGAUGUGGUGGCCAAAAUGAUUGCUCAGAAGGUAGACAAUGCCCAGGCCUUCCUAUGGCUGUCACAGCUGCGGCAUCGUUGGGAUGAUGAGGCCAAACACUGCUUUGCCAACAUUUGUGAUGCCCAGUUCCUAUAUUCCUAUGAGUACCUGGGAAAUACACCUCGCCUGGUGAUCACACCUUUGACUGACAGGUGCUACAUCACCCUGACCCAGUCUCUGCACCUGACCAUGAGUGGGGCUCCAGCGGGACCUGCAGGCACAGGCAAGACGGAGACAACCAAGGACCUGGGCCGAGCACUGGGCAUCAUGGUCUACGUGUUUAACUGCUCAGAGCAGAUGGACUACAAGUCUUGUGGCAACAUCUACAAGGGCCUGGCACAGACCGGUGCCUGGGGCUGUUUUGAUGAGUUCAAUAGAAUCUCCGUGGAGGUCUUGUCAGUGGUGGCAGUGCAGGUAAAAAGCAUUCAAGAUGCAAUUCGAGAUAAGAAGCAGCGGUUCAGCUUCCUUGGGGAGGAGAUCAGCCUGAAUCCUUCUGUGGGAAUCUUCAUCACCAUGAACCCGGGCUACGCGGGCCGCACGGAGCUGCCUGAGAACCUCAAGGCUCUGUUCAGGCCUUGUGCGAUGGUCGUUCCAGACUUCGAGUUGAUCUGUGAAAUCAUGCUGGUGGCGGAAGGAUUCAUCGAAGCCCGGUUGUUAGCCAGAAAGUUUAUUACCCUUUACCAGCUGUGCAAAGAGCUUCUCUCCAAACAGGAUCACUAUGACUGGGGACUGCGGGCCAUCAAGUCUGUGCUGGUGGUGGCAGGAUCCCUGAAACGAGGAGACCCCGACCGGCCUGAGGACCAAGUCCUAAUGCGUUCUUUGCGAGACUUCAACAUCCCCAAGAUUGUGACUGAUGACAUGCCAGUGUUCAUGGGCCUGAUUGGGGACCUCUUUCCCACCCUGGAUGUCCCUCGGAGGAGAGACCCCAACUUUGAAGCUUUGGUUAGGAAGGCGGUAGUGGAUCUGAAGCUUCAGGCUGAGGACAACUUUGUGCUCAAGGUGGUCCAGCUGGAGGAGCUUCUGGCGGUGCGGCACUCUGUGUUCGUGGUGGGCAAUGCUGGUACCGGCAAGUCUCAGGUGCUGAGGUCCUUGCACAAGACCUAUCAGGUCAUGAAACGCCGCCCUGUCUGGACUGACCUCAACCCCAAAGCAGUCACAAACGAUGAACUCUUUGGCAUCAUCAAUCCAGCCACACGAGAAUGGAAGGACGGAUUGUUCUCUUCCAUCAUGCGGGAGCUUGCCAACAUCACUCAUGACGGGCCCAAGUGGAUUUUACUGGAUGGUGACAUAGAUCCAAUGUGGAUUGAAUCUCUCAACACUGUCAUGGAUGAUAACAAGGUGCUGACCCUCUCGAGCAAUGAGAGGAUCCCUCUGAAUCCCACGAUGAGGCUCCUCUUUGAGAUCAGCCACCUGCGCACAGCCACACCGGCAACUGUCUCCAGAGCAGGGAUCCUGUACAUCAACCCAGCAGACCUGGGAUGGAAUCCUCCGGUGAGCAGCUGGAUUGACAGGAGGGAAAUCCAGACAGAGAGAGCCAACUUAACCAUUCUGUUUGACAAGUAUCUUCCAACCUGCUUAGACACACUGAGAACCAGAUUUAAGAAGAUAAUUCCAAUCCCAGAGCAGAGCAUGGUUCAGACGCUGUGCUACCUUCUUGAGUGUCUGCUGACUAAGGAGGACAUCCCUGCAGACUGCCCCAAGGAAACCUAUGAGCUUUAUUUUGUGUUUGCUGCCAUCUGGGCUUUUGGUGGAGCAAUGGUCCAAGAUCAGCUUGUGGACUACCAGGCAGAGUUCAGCAAAUGGUGGCUGACCGAGUUCAAGACAGUCAAGUUUCCUUCCCAGGGAACCGUCUUUGACUAUUACAUAGACCCGGAGACCAAGAAGUUCGAGCCGUGGUCCACACUCAUCCCACAGUUUGAAUUUGACCCUGAGUUGCCUUUGCAGGCCUGUUUGGUGCACACGAGCGAGACGAUCCGAGUGUGCUACUUCUUGGAGCGGCUUAUGGAGCGGCAGCGGCCGGUCAUGCUGGUGGGGACCGCCGGCACCGGCAAGUCCGUGCUGGUGGGAGCUAAGCUGGCCAGCCUCAGUGCCGAGGAAUACCUGGUGAAAAACGUGCCCUUCAACUACUACACCACAUCGGCGAUGCUGCAGGCUGUCCUGGAGAAGCCUCUAGAAAAGAAGGCUGGCAGAAAUUAUGGCCCUCCAGGCAACAAGAAGCUUGUCUACUUCAUUGAUGACAUGAACAUGCCCGAGGUGGAUGCCUACGGGACCGUGCAGCCCCACACCAUCAUCAGGCAGCAUCUGGACUAUGGCCACUGGUAUGACCGGAACAAGCUCUCCCUAAAGGAGGUCAUGAAUGUACAAUACGUUUCCUGUAUGAACCCCACAGCAGGCAGCUUCACCAUCAACCCACGACUUCAGCGUCACUUCAGUGUGUUCGUCCUUUCCUUUCCGGGAGCAGAUGCCCUGUCCUCCAUCUACAGCACCAUCCUGACUCAGCAUCUAAAGCUUGGAAACUUCCCAGCGUCGUUGCAGAAAUCCAUCCCCCAGCUGAUCAAUCUGGCCCUCACCUUCCACCAGAAAGUCGCCACCACAUUCCUGCCCACAGCGAUCAAAUUCCACUACACCUUCAAUCUCAGAGACUUCGCCAACAUCUUCCAGGGCCUUCUCUUCUCCUCAGUGGAAUGUGUAAAAUCCCCACAGGACCUAGUAAAGCUCUAUCUGCAUGAAUCAAAUCGGGUUUAUCGUGAUAAGAUGGUGGAAGAAAAGGACUUUGAUCUUUUUGAUAAAAUCCAGACAGAAGUGGUGAAGAAAAUAUUUGAUGAUAUUGAAGAGACUAUGGAGCAGACCCGAAGCCUGAACAUGUAUUGCCACUUUGCAAAUGGCAUAGGGGAGCCCAAGUACAUGCCUGUACAAUCGUGGGAGCUUUUGACCCAGACUCUGCUGGAAGCCUUGGAGAACCACAAUGAAGUGAACACAGUGAUGGACUUGGUUCUCUUUGAGGAUGCCAUGCGCCAUGUCUGCCGUAUCAAUCGCAUCUUGGAGUCCCCGCGGGGAAACGCUUUGCUGGUUGGUGUAGGUGGGAGCGGCAAGCAGAGUCUGACAAGGCUGGCGGCUUUCAUCAGCUCCAUGGAUGUAUUCCAGAUCACUCUGCGGAAGGGCUACCAGAUCCCUGACUUCAAGGUGGACCUGGCCAGCUUGUGCCUAAAAGCCGGGGUAAAGAACCUCAGCACAGUGUUUCUCAUGACUGAUGCCCAAGUGGCUGAUGAAAAGUUCCUUGUGCUCAUCAAUGAUCUCUUGGCAUCUGGAGAGAUCCCAGACCUCUACUCAGAUGAUGAAGUUGAGAGCAUCAUAAGCAAUGUGAGGAAUGAAGUCAAGAGCCAAGGUCUGAUUGACAGCAGAGAGAACUGCUGGAAGUUCUUUGUAGAUCGAGUCCGCCGACAACUGAAGGUGACUCUCUGUUUCUCCCCGGUGGGGAACAAGCUGAGGGUCCGUAGCAGGAAGUUCCCAGCCAUUGUGAACUGCACGGCCAUCGACUGGUUCCAUGAGUGGCCUCAGCAGGCACUGGAGUCUGUCAGCCUCCGCUUCCUGCAGAACACGGACAGCAUUGAGCCCACAGUCAAGCAGUCCAUUAGCAAGUUCAUGGCUUUUGUCCACACAAGUGUCAACCAAACCUCCCAGUCUUAUCUGAGCAAUGAGCAGCGCUACAACUACACAACUCCCAAAUCCUUUCUGGAGUUCAUCAGGCUCUACCAGAGCUUGUUGCGCAAGAAUGGAAGAGAGCUCAAGUCCAAAAUGGAGCGACUUGAGAAUGGGCUGCUGAAGCUCCAUAGCACCUCUGCCCAGGUGGAUGAUCUGAAAGCCAAACUGGCCACCCAGGAAGUGGAGCUAAAGCAGAAGAAUGAAGAUGCAGACAAGCUGAUUCAGGUGGUGGGCAUAGAGACAGACAAAGUGAGCAGAGAGAAAGCCAUCGCAGAUGAGGAGGAGCGGAAGGUGGCCCUCAUCAUGCUGGAGGUGAAGCAGAAGCAGAAGGACUGUGAGGAAGACCUGGCCAAAGCAGAGCCAGCGCUCACGGCAGCCCAGGCAGCUCUCAACACCCUCAACAAGACCAAUCUCACAGAGCUGAAGUCCUUUGGCUCUCCACCUCUGGCUGUCAGCAACGUCAGCGCUGCCGUGAUGGCGCUCACGGCCCCCGGGGGCAGGGUGCCCAAGGACCGGAGCUGGAAGGCCGCUAAGGUCACCAUGGCCAAAGUGGACAGCUUCCUGGACUCCCUAAUCAAUUUCGACAAAGAGAACAUUCACGAGAACUGCCUCAAGGCCAUCAGGCCAUAUCUGCAGGACCCUGAGUUCAGCCCAGAGUUUGUGGCCACCAAGUCUUAUGCAGCUGCGGGCCUCUGUUCUUGGGUCAUAAACAUUGUGAGGUUCUACGAGGUGUUCUGUGAUGUGGAACCCAAGCGCCAAGCUUUGAGCAAAGCCACCGCGGACCUCACUGCUGCCCAGGAGAAGCUGGCAGCCAUUAAAGCCAAGAUUGCGCGCCUUAAUGAGAACCUGGGCAAACUCACAGCCAAGUUUGAGAAAGCAACGGCAGACAAACUCAAAUGUCAGCAGGAAGCUGAAGUGACCGCAGGCACCAUCUCCCUUGCAAAUCGCCUGGUGGGAGGACUUGCUUCGGAAAAUGUGAGGUGGGCAGAAGCUGUGCAGAACUUCAAACAACAGGAAAGGAAAUUAUGUGGAGACGUUUUGCUUAUUACGGCUUUCAUUUCGUACCUCGGCUUCUUUACAAAGAAAUACCGGCAGAGCCUCGUGGACGGGACCUGGAGACCCUACCUGAGCCAGCUGAAGGUUCCCAUCCCUAUCACCCCCACACUGGAUCCCCUGAGGAUGCUGACGGAUGAUGCUGACGUGGCUGCCUGGCAGAACGAGGGCCUCCCUGCAGACCGCAUGUCCGUGGAGAAUGCCACCAUCCUCAUCAACUGCGAGCGCUGGCCGCUCAUGGUUGACCCUCAGCUCCAAGGCAUCAAAUGGAUCAAGAACAAAUAUGGCGAAGACCUCCAGGUCACCCAGAUUGGCCAGAAGGGCUACCUUCAAACCAUAGAGCACGCCCUGGAAGCUGGAGAUGUGGUGCUGAUUGAAAACCUGGAAGAGUCCAUUGAUCCUGUUCUGGGGCCCCUGCUUGGGAGAGAAGUCAUUAAAAAAGGACGAUUCAUUAAAAUCGGAGACAAAGAAUGUGAAUAUAAUCCCAACUUCCGGCUCAUCCUUCACACCAAGCUGGCCAAUCCUCACUACCAGCCCGAGCUGCAGGCUCAGGCCACCCUGAUCAACUUCACCGUGACCAGGGACGGCCUGGAGGACCAGCUGCUGGCUGCUGUGGUCAGCAUGGAGAGGCCAGACCUGGAGCAGCUGAAGUCGGAUCUCACAAAACAGCAGAAUGGGUUCAAGAUCACCCUCAAAACAUUAGAAGACAACCUGCUCUCUCGCCUCUCCUCAGCAUCUGGCAACUUCCUGGGAGAAACGGCCUUGGUGGAGAACCUGGAGAUCACCAAGCAGACCGCUGCGGAAGUUGAGAAAAAGGUCCAGGAGGCCAAAGUGACUGAAGUGAAAAUCAACGAGGCCCGAGAGCACUACCGGCCAGCAGCUGCGCGAGCCUCCCUGCUCUACUUCAUCAUGAAUGACCUCAGCAAGAUCCACCCGAUGUACCGCUUUUCCCUCAAGGCCUUCAGUAUCGUCUUCCAGAAAGCUGUGGAGAAGGCUGCUCCUGAUGAGAGCCUCAAGGAACGGGUAACCAAUCUAAUAGACAGCAUCACCUUCUCUGUGUACCAGUACACCACCCGCGGGCUCUUUGAGUGUGACAAGCUGACCUACCUUGCCCAGCUCACCUUUCAGGUUCUGCUGAUGAACCAGGAGGUUGGCGCAGCAGAGCUGGACUUCCUGCUGCGGUCUCCGGUGCAGACAGGCGUCACCAGUCCCGUGGAGUUCCUCUCCCAUCAGGCCUGGGGUGGCAUCAAGGCACUUUCAUCGAUGGAAGAAUUCUAUAAUCUGGAUCGGGACAUUGAGGGAUCUGCCAAGAGCUGGAAGAAGUUUGUGGAAUCAGAAUAUCCUGAGAAGGAGAAGUUCCCACAGGAGUGGAAGAACAAGACAGCCCUGCAGCGCCUCUGCAUGAUGAGAGCCAUGCGGCCUGACCGGAUGACCUACGCCAUGCGAGACUUUGUUGAGGAGAAGUUAGGAAGCAAAUACGUGGUGGGAAGAGCAUUAGAUUUUGCAACCUCAUUCGAGGAAUCAGGACCAGCCACUCCCAUGUUUUUUAUCCUGUCUCCAGGGGUGGACCCACUGAAGGAUGUGGAAAAUCAAGGUAAAAAACUUGGGUACACCUUCAACAAUCGGAACUUUCACAACGUGUCUCUGGGGCAAGGACAGGAGGUAGUGGCUGAGGCCGCGCUGGACCUAGCUGCCAAGAAAGGUCACUGGGUUAUUUUGCAGAACAUUCACCUGGUGGCCAAGUGGCUCAGCACCCUGGAGAAGAAGCUGGAGGAACACAGCGAGAACAGCCACCCAGAGUUCAGGGUCUUCAUCAGUGCAGAGCCUGCGGCCUCCCCUGAGAGCCACAUCAUCCCCCAGGGCAUCCUGGAGAACUCCAUUAAGAUCACCAAUGAGCCUCCCACGGGCAUGCAUGCCAACCUGCACAAGGCCCUGGACAACUUCUCUCAGGACACCCUGGAGAUGUGCUCCCGAGAGACAGAGUUCAAGAGCAUCCUCUUUGCUCUUUGUUACUUUCACGCGGUGGUGGCAGAAAGACGAAAGUUUGGGCCGCAGGGAUGGAAUCGUCCCUACCCCUUCAACACUGGGGACCUCACCAUCUCUGUGAACGUGCUGUACAACUUCCUGGAGGCCAAUGCAAAGGUCCCCUAUGAUGAUUUGCGCUACCUCUUUGGAGAGAUCAUGUAUGGAGGCCACAUCACAGAUGACUGGGACAGGAGACUCUGCAGGACCUAUCUGGAGGAAUUCAUCAAACCAGAAAUGCUAGAAGGAGAGCUGUCUCUGGCCCCAGGGUUCCCACUCCCAGGCAACAUGGACUACAGUGGUUACCAUCAGUACAUUGAUGCUGAGCUGCCCCCAGAGUCACCGUAUCUCUAUGGCCUCCACCCCAACGCGGAGAUUGGCUUCCUGACCCAGACCUCAGAAAAGCUCUUUCGCACCGUGUUGGAGCUGCAGCCCUGGGACAGCAACGCUGGAGAUGGAGCUGGGGCCUCAAGAGAAGAAAAGGUCAAGGCUGUCCUGGAAGAAAUACUGGAGCGAGUGACAGACGAGUUUAACAUCUCAGAGCUGAUGGCCAAAGUGGAGGAGCGCACACCCUACAUCGUGGUUGCCUUCCAGGAGUGUGAGCGGAUGAACAUCCUCACCAGAGAGAUCCAGCGCUCACUGAGGGAGCUGGACCUUGGCUUAAAGGGGGAACUGACCAUGACGAGCGACAUGGAGAACUUACAGAAUGCCUUGUACCUAGACACAGUGCCAGAGCCCUGGGCCAGGCUAGCGUACCCUUCCACGGCGGGCCUGGCAGCCUGGUUUUUGGACCUCCUCAACCGAAUCAAGGAGUUGGAGAUUUGGAUAGGAGACUUUGCAAUGCCCUCUACUGUGUGGCUGACAGGUUUCUUCAACCCCCAGUCCUUCCUUACCGCCAUCAUGCAGUCCAUGGCCCGCAAGAACGAAUGGCCACUGGACCAGAUGGCCCUGCAAUGUGAUGUGACAAAGAAGAACAGAGAGGAAUUCAGGAGCCCUCCUCGGGAAGGGGCCUAUGUCCAUGGCCUCUUCAUGGAAGGCGCUCGCUGGGAUACACAGGCUGGCAUCAUUACAGAGGCAAAGCUGAAGGAUCUGACACCCCCCAUGCCUGUGAUGUUCAUCAAGGCCAUUCCUGCAGAUAAGCAGGAUUGCCGCAGCGUCUAUCCUUGUCCUGUGUACAAGACUUGUCAGCGGGGACCCACCUACGUGUGGACUUUCAACCUGAAGACUAAGGAGAACCCAUCUAAGUGGGUUCUAGCUGGAGUAGCUUUGCUUCUCCAGAUUUAGCUUCCUGCAGAGCCAUGAAGACAACAAGGCUGGGCUGGAGGCUGCCCAGAGGGACAAGUGGGUGAGGGGUGACCACAGACACAUGGUAAGAUGAGAAAUCAUAAGUACUCACAAUUCUGUAGAACUCUUCUAGGGAACUCAGAGAGAAAUGCCUAAAGUGAGGCUGAGCUGGAAGAAUAGGGGAGAGGCAUUUCAAAGCACUGACCCUUUCUUAAUAAAGUGAUUUAGUCUUCCA